CAAGCGAGUGAUUGUGCAGAGUGCAAUAGACGAUCAGAGCGUCGACAAGAACACGAAUUGUCGUAUGUAUGCGCAAGUGUUUUAUUGAAUUUCGUCAUCGAUUCGAAUAGUGAAUGAGAACGACAACUGGUGCAAUGAAAAAUCUGCAUUAUAACUCGAUUUUUUUAAACCUCUCGAAAUUGAAUUGAAAUACGCCAAAAAUAACAAACGAUAACAAAAAAAAUCAACGCCUAUCGGUUAUCGCUUUAAAAAAAAUCGUAAAAUAGGCAAUUGUUUUUGUAUAUUGUGCAAAAAUCGAUAAAAGAUUAUGCCGUAGACUACGAUUAAAAUAGAAAAUACAAAAAAAAUGGUAAUGAGCACCCAUCCCAGACGUACAGUCCUCAUUCACUCCCGUCGUCGCCAAACAAUGAUCACAUGUUGGAGCAAUUGAUAUGCAAACGUGUAUUUGUUUAGAUAUCUCUGUGUGUGUGUACAUUGAGCAGUGAUGUCCGCUUAAAAUUACAGUUCACCUGUUUCCCAAAACGCUUUCAUGAUCGGCACGAACAAGCCAUAUAGGCUUCAAACGAGCGCGCGGGGCUUUUUCGUUUCGAAAACAAUUAUUGAAACUGUUGGAUGUGUAUCAUUUGAAUCUGUCUACUAGUUGAAAUACCAGCAAAACAAAAGGGCGACAAUUUCGGAUUUUUUUUUUUGGUGCGUGUAUGUGUGUAUCACAUUGUGGUCAUCAAUAGCAAUAGCAACUGUAGAAACAAUGUGUUGUGCAAGUACUUUAUCAGAUUUGUUCAUAUAGUGCUGUUGGCAAAUAGUUUGUUGUUUAUUUUAAUGUUAUGGACACAUAUUCAAAAAAUAUUUUGUGUACAGCGCAAUUAUCAAAAAUAAAUCAUAAGAAGUGUUUUAAUCUUUGGUGGACAGUUUUAUUCAAGUGUUUGCAGCCGGUGCGCGUGAUUGAAUCUUAAAAUUGAGUGAGCAAAAAAAACGGUGGCCCAACUGAAAUGGUGUGAUCCGAAAAAUUCUUCAAAUCGAUUGUAAUGUGAUCAAUGCGAAUGCAAUAACAGCAAUAGCAGUAGCCAGAGAAUAUCAAUUUCAACACACAAAUCAUAAUACGAGUUUAUUGAGAUUCAAAGCAACUAGAGAUCUUCACUUUUUUUCUUCGUGGUUCGUUCAGUGUUUAUGUGCCGCGUUAUUUAUUCAAGUGAAUUUCUAAGUUUUUCUCUCUAAUUGAAAAUAAAAUUCAAAUUGAUUAACCAUGUCGGCUCGGUGUAUAGUAAUUUUGAUUGGAGUGUGGUCAGUUAUUCAAGGUUUUGCCUAUGGUAUAAUGUCCAUAUUGGCAUUGCUCGCUCAUGAUUGUCAACUACCAAUGACACAAUCAAGAGUGCCGUAUUUAAUGUAUAUUAUCUUCUUUAGAGAUCAAAAAUGUGGUCCGAUUCAAUGGAAUAUUGUCACCCAUAAUCCGCCACCGAUUGAACCAGUUUGGCCACCCAAUGAAGCUGUUACUCAUGUUGCAUUUAGGACAAACAUUAUAGCUCUAGUCUAUCUGUUGUUAAGCACCAUUUGGAUCAUUACAUCACUCAUGUUAAUUGUUGGUUGCUUUAUGGCGUGUCUGGGAAGAGUCGCUUACUAUUUGUUAAUGAUGCCAUGGGCUGUCUUUUGCACGAUUACAUCAAUUUUCGAUGUGGUUGCUGUGGGAUUUUUCUUCUAUGAUCUAUUUAACACCUUGAACACCGAGUCAUUUGUUCGACAUUUACACAUGCAAAAUACACGGACCGAAAUUGCGGAGCUCAUAAUUGAUCCGAACGUUUUACCAAUACCAGCUGUCAUAAUGUUAAUCGUUGCUGGACGCGGAUUUAUAUUUUGGUGCUUUAAUAUUCUUAGCAUACCGAUUGUGUUGGCAUACGCAAGAAAUAUCCUGUAUGGCGGCAAACGGACGCCCGACUCCAGUGAUGAACGUGAUUUUCAAUAUGCCCGAAGUCACGCACACGGAAAUGACAACAUACUUGAGAAUCAUUUUCCCACUACCGAACGAAGUCGUUACAGUGAUCCAAGCUAUUAUCAUCAGUAUCAGCAUGAUAAUUUAGGCUAUCAACAAGAUAAAUAUGAUUUAAGUCGAACAAUUGGUCGUCGUUAUAUUGAACCACUGAAAGGUGAAUCGAUUGAUGAGCCUGAUAAUCAUGCGAAUAAACGUGCAAUGGCUAAUUCACGAAACAGCAGUCACGAGGAUAAAUCAUCGAAAAAAUCAUCGUGGAGCGAUGACAGUGGCCAUUCAAAUAGUACAGUGCAUUUGUCUUAUGCAAAUAUGGCAACCAAUUCAAAUGGUGCACGAAAUGAUGGAAAAUCGUACAAUUGGAAAGAAAUGCCAACCGAUGCAGUGUUAAAAAUAGAACGUCCACAUUUUCGUUUACCACAAAAACCGUCGCUAUUGAAAAAGUUAUCGGAUUCCUCGUAUGUUAUGCCAGCCGAUGAGCAUCACCAUCAAUCGGUUCAAUAUACUGGUGAAGAGCUACGAAGCCAACUUCCAUGGUCAUAUUUUGGUGCUCAAUCCGAUGUUAUAAAACCGAAAAAAUCAUUCGUUGAACUUCGUGAUGACGAAGAUUUACCACCGGUGCCCGUACCCGAUUAUACCAUAAAAUUUCCAUCGAAAGAUCGAUCAGGUGUAAAUGUUACAGGAGCCGAGCAACGUCGUUCAGUGCCAGCCAAAAAAUUUAUCAACCCAAAAAAGGGUGAUCGUAAGUACUGGAGCGGUCCAGAAUAUCGGUAUUAAUUAAUCAGUGGCCAAAUGCUCGAAACCGUUAAUAAUCGGGACUUUGAACAUUCAGACACCGUGAUUGACAUGAUGCAGAUGAUGAGAUUCGUCGUUCUGAUACAUGCCCUUGGUUAAUUCAUUCAAAAGUUUUCCUAUUGAACACGACAUUUGAUUUUACAGUCAUAACUUAGGUUACCGUUUAAUUCAAACAAACAGACAAAUAACAAUAUACAAAAAAAAAAAAAAAAAAACCAAGAUCUAGUAUAUUGAUAACUUGUUGAAGAAUUUCAUUUUCGAAUUUUUUUUUAAUUUAUUAUUAAAUAACAUAAACAAAACAACGUACGUGUUGGGUGUACACUAAAUGAUUAAUUAGUUUUCUCGUUUAUAGUUGUUAUGGAAACGAACGUGGUAUUAUUAUUGUUAUCGUUUGUUGCGAUUAAAUCUUGAAUUUGAAAAUAA